AAUAUUUUCGUUACAGUGCUGCAUAUGACACGAUUACCGAGCAAAACGUCGCUAUAAAAAAGCUAUCUCGUCCAUUCCAAAAUGUGACGCAUGCCAAGAGAGCUUAUAGAGAAUUUAAACUAAUGAAACUAGUGAAUCAUAAGAAUAUUAUCGGUUUGCUUAACGCAUUCACUCCUCAACGCAAUUUGGAUGAAUUUCAGGAUGUUUACCUUGUGAUGGAGCUAAUGGAUGCUAAUUUAUGUCAAGUUAUUCAAAUGGAUUUAGAUCAUGAUCGAAUGUCUUACUUGCUUUACCAAAUGCUAUGUGGAAUAAAGCAUUUACAUUCCGCUGGAAUAAUACAUAGAGAUUUAAAACCUUCCAAUAUAGUUGUUAAGGCCGACUGCACUCUAAAAAUUUUGGACUUUGGACUUGCGCGUACAGCUGGAACUACAUUUAUGAUGACCCCUUAUGUCGUAACUAGAUAUUAUAGAGCUCCGGAAGUCAUUUUGGGUAUGGGAUAUACCGAAAACGUUGACAUUUGGUCAGUGGGCUGUAUUAUGGGUGAGAUGAUAAGGGGUGGAGUUCUCUUUCCUGGAACUGAUCAUAUUGAUCAGUGGAACAAAAUAAUUGAGCAAUUGGGUACACCGUCCCCAUCAUUUAUGCAGCGUCUGCAACCAACUGUUCGUAAUUACGUGGAGAAUCGUCCAAGAUAUACAGGAUAUUCAUUUGAUAGGCUUUUUCCUGAUGGUCUGUUUCCUAAUGACAGUAGUCAAAAUAGUCGAAGGAAGGCUUCUGAGGCAAGGGACCUUCUCAGUAAGAUGCUAGUAAUCGACCCUGAGCAGAGAAUAUCAGUAGACAGAGCUUUACAGCAUGAAUACAUUAAUGUAUGGUACGACGCUGAAGAAGUUGACGCUCCUGCUCCAGAGCCAUAUGAUCAUAGCGUCGAUGAGAGGGAGCAUACUGUUGAACAGUGGAAGGAGCUUAUUUAUGAAGAAGUUAUGGACUACGAGGCGCACAAUACAACUAAUAUACCCCGAUAGAACAAAAUUAAUUUGUUGAUAAGACAGUUAUUUAGCCUUACAUCUAUCAACAAUACAAAAAUUUUAUUAAUAUUUAUAGUAAUCACAGCUGCAAAUAAAAAUCAUAAUGUUUAAUGUA